AUGGCCUCUUCUUCAUCACAGCCUAAUUCCCCUUCUUCGUCGCAGACGACUAUCGCCCCUUCUUCAUCUAUGCCUAGUUCCCCUUCUUCGUCUCAGCCUGUUACUCCUUCAUCUCAGCCUCCUAGCACUCCUACUUCAACUCAGCCUCGGCCAGUUGUCAAUUCUCCAUCGCAACCUAGCGCCCCCUCUUCAUCUCAGCCUCUGCCUGUUCCCUCUUCUUCAGUUCAGCUUAGUGUCCCUUCUUCACCGCGGCCUGUCGCUCCUUCACUGCAGCGCAUCGCCCUAUCCCCACAGAAUAAGGAGGAUUGCCAGAAUUACCUGCCAUUAUAUAAAGCUAUACUGGAAGGCAACUUGGAAAUUGUACGACAACGCUGUGAUGAGGAUGAUCAUGCGUUGGAAGCCAGGAUCACGAUGAAACUCGACACAGCUCUUCAUGUAGCUGUUGGAACAGGCAGGGGGAAUCAUAUUGUCAAAUAUCUUGUGAAUAAAAUGUCAGCAGAUCAAGUGACAGUGAAAAAUAACGACGGCAACACAGUCCUUUCCGUUGCUGCAAUUGUUGGCAACCAAGAAGCAGCAGAAAUGAUAUUGAAGAAAGAUGAAAAAAAUCUAAGUUUAGUUGACGAGUUAAAUUUUUCUGGACGGAUGCCUUUGAUUGAGGCAGCUCGACAUGGCCAAAAGAAGAUGAUUACAUAUUUAUUGCAAUUCAGUGGUAAAUAUUUGGCCUUUGUUACCGGAACAAAGAUUCAAUAUAGUUCUGGUGUUUCUUUCAUAAAUUCGCUUAUAACUGCUGGAUUUUAUGACUUGACACUAGAACUGCUUGAGAAAUAUGAAGGUCGUUUAGCUACAAAGAAGUUGUCUUCUGGUGAGUCUCUUUUGAGAGCAAUAGCAGGAAAGCAAUCUGCAUUUGCUAGUGGAAGACGAAAAAGGCUUGCCAGUGGAAGACGAAAAAAGCUAAAGUUUUGGCAAUACCUUAACCUUUUUAAGCUUCGGAGUCAUUUAAGGGAAGUAAGAGAGAAAAAGUUGAAGCAUGACAAAGCACUUAAACUUGUCAAACACUUGUGUGAGGAAAUUACAAAGAAUCUAGACCAUGAACAAGCUUCCUCAAUUUUGGAACCACCGCUCCUUUUAGCAGCAGAAUUGGGGAUUUGUGAAGUUGUGGAAGAGAUUAUAAAGUCAUUUCCUGAUGCAAUCUGGUUUACAAAUGAUGAGAAACAAAAUGUAUUCCAGUUGGCAGUCAUGAAUCGUCAAGAGGAACUGGAAGAUUGGCACCAGGAACAAGGUUUAAAUCAACUAAACCUUGUUCCUGGUGCAGCUUUGCAGAUGCAACGUGAGUUACAUUGGUUUAAG